AUGAUGAUGAUGAUGAUGCAAAAAAAUUUUGAUGAUGAAAAUAAUCGAUCAUUGAACUAUACAAAAAUUGAUCAAUGUCAAGAUAAUAAUUGUAGUGAUAAUGAUGAUUAUUAUAGACAAAUUUUACAUUCAAAUGAACAUAUUAAUUAUAAACAAGAUAUAAAGUUAAAAAUAAUAUUAACAAAUCGACUACGUUUAAUAUUAUUUAUUUUUUUAAUUUUAACAUCUCAAUCAAAUGCUGUACCUAUUUUUCAAUCAUUACCAAUAUCAGUUGAUUCUAAUCAAUCUAGUGGUUUAUCUUCUAUUCAACAAUCUUCAUCAUCUUUACCUAUUGCUAUGGUUCAAUUAACUGAUCGUUCUCUGUAUCCUCAAUCAUUAUAUAAGGUCUAUCGACGUAUGUCAAAUCCAGUUCAACAACAAAAACAACAACAACAACAACAGCUUAAAAAUAUUCCGAGUUAUUCGAAUGGUGCUGUUAUAAAUAUUUAUGAUCAAACAAAUUUUAUUAAUCAACAACAACAACAACAACAACAAUCAGCAAUGAUUUUUCAAAAUCCUAAUGAACAACAAUUAACAUUACAAUUAAAACGUGAACGACAACGUCGUACGAUGAUUGAUAGAAUGGUUUCAAUGUUUGAUGAAGAUGGCGAUGGACAAUUAGAAAGAGAUGAAUUAUAUUCAAUGGCUUUACGUUCGAAUAUGUUUCCAAAAUUUCAUCACUAUCUUAAACAAGCAUCAUCAUAA